GUAACUCAUAUAUGCUACUGUGUUCAUCAAGUUAAGAAAAGGAAAGUGGAUACUGACGAAAUGGACUAUUAUUAUUCAAUGGUUUUAAUAGUGAUAUUACACUAUUAAAGAUAUAUUUCUAUACAGAAUACUUUCUAGUAUAUAACCACUUUCUUUUGUCUUUAUAUCACAAUGAUGGAUUAUGCAAGAAUUCAUUAUUGUUCAACAGCUGAAUUAAUUCCAAGAGAAAUGUGUUUAACUAUACCCCUUGGUGAAUUAAUUCUAGGAGAAAAGAUGGACAAAUCGAGUUCAUCAUCAUCUAAAGAAUUAAAUCCAAUUAUUCGGAAUGCUUCAACUUUACCAAGAACAGGAAAUUCCCUGAUCAUUUCAUCAUCAUCCUCAUCAUCACCAGUUAAUAAAGACGGAUAUCAUACAAAAUUUACUGUAGUAAAUGGACAAACGCAUUCACCAACUUUGCAAAAAAACAACAUCACAUAUAAAAGUAAUGGUAAUAAUGUCAGUGUUAACAAUAGUGGUGAUAAUUAUAUUAAUAAUGUGAAAAAUGGGAUAAUGGAUUCACAUACUAUCACUACUACUGCUAAUGCUCACAAUAAUAUUAGUAAUCAGAAAUCUUUUAUACCAGUUUAUCGUGGUAACUUCAUAGAAACCACGCCUAGCCCAGUCAAUAUUUCAAGCAUAUUAUUACUGCAAAAUAAUCAUAUCAGCCCUAAGAUAAAUGAGAAUAGCAAACGGGAAUUGAAUGAGCCCACAAGGAACAAAGACACUGAUGAGGGUUACAAAUAUUUCAAAAAUAUUAAAAGCACAUCAGUAACAAAUUUAACUCAACCAACUUAUGGAUAUAAUCAAAACAGUAAAUUAAUAACCUAUGGAAAUAAUAAUAAUAAUAAUAAUGAAAUUCAUUCACCACUCAUGAAUAAAUCAUCUAUUGUAUUGGGUGAAAACUUAGACUCUCCAUCGACAACAGAUAUUUCUAAUUUCUCUGAAGAAAUUAUGCAUAAUGAAGUAUAUUUACGACCAAAAAUAACAAUUAUUCGUGAAAAUAAUAGUAAUUAUAAUAAUAGUAAUACUAAUAAUAAUCAUAUUAAAACUAAUUCCUAUCCUGAAUUGCCAACAUCAUAUGAGUCAAGCAAUAAAAAAAAGAAUGUACAAUUUCGUCAUUCUAUGAUUAAUUCCAGUCUUGCUGUCAGCAGUCAAUCACCACAAUUAAAUCGAUCACCUGAAAGUUUAUCUCAUGAAAACAAUGCUGCACCUACUACUACUCAUAAUAAUAAUUCAAGUAGUAGUAAUAGUAAUAAUAAUAUUUCAUGGAAAAUAAAUCAACCAACAUUGUACAGUUAUGAUAAGGCGACAGGUGGUAAAUCAACACCACGCAUAGAAAUAGAAAAUGAAGGAUCUAAUUCACGAUUACAUAAUAUACAUGAAGUGAAUGAAAUUUAUUGGAGAAAUCUUAAUGAUGUAGCAGAUAAACAAUAUAAUUCUAAUGAAGAGUUGAUAAUAGAUGCUUCAGACUCAGAGAGGAUGCUUCAAAUCGGUAAUAACAAUAAUAAUAAUAAUAACAGGAAUAAUAAUAAUAAUAUGGAUAAUAUCAAUAAAAAUUAUAACAAUCCGCGGAUGCCUAAUUCUCACAAACACUAUGGACAUUAUAAAUCUACACCAGAUAUUAAUACACCUUUAGUAACAAGACGUAGACCAUUGCCACAGUUGUCAAAAGUCAAUGAAGAAUAUGUUACGCAUAUAGCAAGACCAUUGAAACCAGAAUUUACACAUAAUACUAAUGGUAAUAUCAUUUCAUCGAGUGAAUGUGAUCUAUACAAUAUGCUGGCUAGUGAGAAAUUGAAUCAUCGUAGAUAUAGUGAAGAGGAUCCAUUACAGCAGAUAACGACGCAUGGUAGUCAACAAAGCCUACUUCAUCAAGCAUACAAUCGACAUUCAUACCACCCGCCAUCACAAAGCAACAAUCCACUUGGUGAUCUGGGCAUUGAUCAGAAUAAUAAUAGUUUAAUUUCGAACAGUCGAACUAACAGUUAUGAGAAGAUAACUAACACUACAGGAAGUGAUCAUCUAUUGAAUGGAAGCACUGUCCAACCUGUGAUUAUGCAAAGACACCACCCUACACAUCAUCCUGAAUUACGAAAACUCAGCAAUACAAAUACGAAGGUUUUUUGUGAUAACUAUGAAAAUUUAUGCGAUCAGUGUACAACUGUACACGGUACAACAUUUUUACCUUCUAACCCGACUGGGAACAACUGGAAAAGUCAUUUAGGCCUUUACGCUUCGGAUGAAACAUUAGCACAGAGUAUGAAAUCAUCCACUAGCGGAUAUGAAAUAAUAAAUGGUCAUUUGAAUAAUUCACAGGUAUCAUUUCACAACAGUGGCUAUGAUACCGGUAAUACUACUACUGCCAAUAAUCAGUCAAAUAAUAAUAAUAAUUACUACAUUGAUAUAAAAUCCAAUGGAGUUUAUCGUAAAAUUAAUCAAAAACAAAAUAAUCGUGUAUUGCCGAGGAGACCACAUUCUUUAAUACAAGAUUAUUAUAAUUGGGAUGCACCGAAUUCAUGCGAUGAUUUACCGUGUACAAAUUGUCAUUAUAAUACUUAUACUAACGCCAGUAGUAAUAAAAAUAACAAUAAUAAAAACAGUAUAGAUAAUUAUCCUACGUCUAUGUACAAUGAUCCAUAUGGAGUACGUUCUGUAACACCAAGUGCAUUCAAUAAAUAUGAACCAUAUAGUCAACAUGUUUAUAAUACAGUUACUGGUGCCAGUAUGACUGGUAAUAAUAUUAAUAAAGGAGAAUUAUUUUUAUAUGAUUAUCGAUGUAGUGAUGAAAUUGCUAAGAAAACCGGCACAUGGACUUGUACAGAUAGAGAAAUGAAUUUUCAUCCUGAUUCAUAUAUUGCAAAUAAACGCAAAAAUGCUCCACUCUAUGGUGGAAAUUACCAGAGACCAAUCGAUUUGAUGAAUUUACGACACAGUCCUACAGACGGCAAUCUACACUUAUCCACUAAUCAUAAUCAUAAUAGUCAUCAUAAUACCUCCUGUUUGUCUAACAUUAACUCUAAUAACAAUAACAAUAAUAAUAAUAACAAUUGUAAUCAUAUUAAUAAUAAUAAUACUAUUAAUAAUUCUCAAUCUCUUUCACCGUUAUCAUUUAGUUUAUCAAGUCAUCAAAGACAAUCAUUUAAACAAACAUCUUAUCCACAGGAUGUGAAUAAUUCAUUAACUGAUAUUUGUUCUGCAUGUUCUUCACUAUCUGAUUAUACAACAAAUGGUAAUAAUUAUUCAUGUCAAAAUAAUACAUGUUCAUCAUUGUAUAAUGGACGAACAUCACCAGGAACAAAUUGGCUUACGAGUGGUUCAAGUGGAAAGGGAGGCAGUACAUGCGCCAGACAUCGUAAUCUCCCCUCGUUACCAAAUUUAAAUGAAAAUCAACAGCAUCAGCUACAGCACACAAGAACACUGACACCCUCGCAAAUGAACAUCCCUACAGUGGCAUGGAGAGUGAAAGAUGCUAAAGAGCAUUAUUAUGACAAAAAGUUGUUACGUUUAAUUGAACAAUUGCCUAGAGAAAGACAAAAUUCAAUUGGUUUAAUACUUUUAGCAAUGGAUGUUAAAUUGAUUAAUCGGAAUUCAAUUAAACCGAACCAUAAUAAUAAUAAUAAUAAUUCUGAUGAUAAUGAUAUCUACUGUGGUGGUUUGGAAUAUCGUUUACGUGAAGCUCUUGAAUUAGUACAGCCUAAGAAACCAGCUCAAAAUAAUAAUUAUGAAACAAGUUUGCAUACUACUGAAUUCAGUAAUAAAUCAUUUCCGAAUAAAAUUGUUGAUGUUAGAACUAGAAAAAAUUUAAAUGAGAUCACAAAUCACUCCGUUAAUCAUCAUCAACAACAACAACAACGUAAAGACGAGUCUCCAGUGAAAGAAGAUGGUCGUGAAUCAGGCAUUGAUCCGGAUACACUGGAUGAAGUGUCGACACCAAUACUUGGGAAUUCAUUAAGCUUGAAUGAUAUGAAAUACACAAAUGGUAGCAGUAAUAACAACAACGCUGGCAAAAGUAAUACACUCACAGAUGAGAUAAACAAACCGAAUGUAAUUACGGUGCUACGACGUUUAGCACGAUGUUUAGCUAUUCGUAUAGCGAAUAAACGGCAUAAUUUGGCGUCAGCUAAUCAACAUGUUGCUAGAAAUUCUAUUGAAGAGAAACUCCUACGCUAUCGAUUAAGUGAACUAAACAUGGACAGUGGUUAUUCAGAUGGUUUAAUGAAUAGUUGGAAUUCCUUAAAUUCAACUGAACCAAAUCGUGGUACAAUUGUAAAUCGUUUCGAUCGUUGGCAUAAUAAUACAAUAGCUGUUAUACAGUUACUAUGUCAGUUAGCACGACGUCUAGCAACGCUAGAUGCACAGCUGUAUCAUUGUAGUAAGCAUACAUAUCAAGAUAGUGUAGUGUUGUUGUGCAAUCAAGAGGUGAAUCAAUCACCUUUAUUUUCAUCAGUUACUAAUAUUACUGGUCUAAAUGUUUCUUCUUCGCCUGCUCUUUCAUCAUCUUUACCACAUGAACUUUUCCAUGAAUUUGAUAAAACAAAUGGAAGUAAUAAAAAUGAAAAAAUACAAAUAUUAGAGCAACAAAGGCAAUUGAUUACACAAAUUAAAGAGGCACAAUCCUUGAGGGCUGAACUAGAAACCUGUCGACGACGUCUACUAGAAAGUAUACCACCAAAUUUAAAAUGUGACCUGACGCAUACAAUUUUAGGCAAACUAGGCAGAGAUUUUAAUGAUGAAAAGAGUAAUUGUAAAUUAUCAGGGGAUAAUAACACUAAUAAUCAUUCAGCUAGCCUACAUAAUAGUAAUGAGAAUACAUUGAAUGAUUUCUCGGAAUCCCCUUCAACAGUUUCUCCAAACCGACGACAACAACAACAACAACAAAAUGGUGAUAAUAAAAUCGAUAUGCAUGGUAAAACAUUAACAAUCACUUAUGAUAAUGAUAAUAAUAAUAAUAAUAAUGACGAUGAAGGCAGCUUAAAUUGUCAAGAGAAAAGUUUAACACUGACACCAACGACAACAACAUCCCAGUUUCUUAGACAACGUGUUGCAGAACAUUUAAUUGAAUUUUUAAACUGGUUUGUACUCUCACAAAUAUUUGAAACAGAGAUUAAAGUGGAUCAAGACCUUUGGGAAAGUAUCCAAGAUGAAUUAAGACUGGAGUUAUCUUAUUAGAUUGAACAAUCAAUGAUUUCUUUCCAUCUACGCUUCCUUUCUUCCCAUUCACCGAUUUACUCGAUCAAUCGAUCAAUCAAUGAAUCAAUCAGCGAAUCCAUCAGUCGUCACUCAUCCACUCACUAUCUCCACUAGCUAACUAACUAACUAUUUAACCAACUGCCUCAUUUUUGUAAAUUUGAAAAUGAAAAAUAUACUAAAAUAUACGAAUAACCAAAUGUGUACACCUGUCUCAAACGGCUGAGAAGUAUUCAACAUUAAACAUUUAUCUCUCUGAGUAAUAUAAAUAUACAUAUAUAUAUAUAUAUAUAUAUAUAUAUUACAUGUGAUAUUGAGAACAAACUAUAUAAGCAUUAGAGUUUUCAUUUCCCCCUCCGCCUUUCUUGUGUAUUUAUUUUACUUCCAGUAAUCUCUGCUGAGAUAUCGCCAUUUCUUUUCUCUUUUCUUUUUUCAUAAAUUUUCAAAAAUUGAUUACUGCUCAUAAACACAGUCAACAAAUGAUGUUACACCUUUUUUUGAUCGAUUUCCUUUACACAUCCCUUUGUUAAAUCAUCACUAUUAUGCGUGUGCGUAGUGUAUGCGUGUGUGUGUGUGUGUGUGUUUGUGUGCAUACGUGUGAAGGCACCAAGGGGAUUGAAAUCGUCUACUGACUAAUGCUCACUGACUACUACCUGUUCUACCGUCGCAUCGAUUCCAUUUUGUAUACCAUCUGUUUAUUUUGUUUUUUCCUCUUGAUUGGAUGUUUGUUUGUUUUUUUUCUCAGAAAAGCGCGUCAUUUACUUUCGUCCAUUUUUUGUUUUCAUUCACUUUCUACGCCAACCGCCCAUUCACCCCACCGCCAUCAUUUCAUCGGAUAAGUAGAUUAAUAUUCACUGUGCUGUUUACAGUUGCUGUUUUUCGUAUUAUAUUUUUUUCCCAAUUCUCUGAUUGUUUUCUAUCCUUUUCGACUUUUAUUGCCCACUUUUUAUGGGUCUCUCUUUCUCUUUCUGUGUGGGUCUAUUAAUAAUGUAAAACUUAUUCUUCUUGUCCCAUAUAUAUAUACAUAUAUCCAUUGAUGUUGCCUGUUGUCAAGAUGAUCUAUACAGAAAUAUCCUGUAUUAUUAUUAUUAUUAUUACAUCGACAUCACAUGGUGGCUUAUUUAGUAAGCAAUAAUUAUCCUGACAAUAUCAGCCAGCUUAUUAUUGGAAAGAUUAUAAAAUAUUAUUAUGAUUAUUAAUGAUUAUUAUUAUUAUCAUUCUUUAUCUUAAUAACAGAGUGGCAUCUUUUUAUUCUCAAAUGUGAAGAAAAUUAGACAUGAAUUCAAUCAAAAUCAAUUGUUCUCUUCUUCAUAUUGAAAUCAAAACAAGAUUUUGAGCGAACAAUUGUGGUUUCGAUAACUUCUUCUUCAGGCUCUACAGUUAUAAAUCCAUGAUUAAUAGAGUACAUAUAACCAAUAAAGGCAAAUGAAAAUAAUAUCAGAAACUGUAUUGGGGUGCAUGUGUAAGUUGAGGUGAUAGUCCAUUAGUUAGCAUAGUCAAUUAAAUGUGUAUAGGGUGUUUAGUCAGAAAAAUGUGAUGAAGUGUGAAUG